AUGGUGAAGAAGAAGUUUGGCGGCGAGAAGGUCGAUGUGAAAGGCGUCUUGGCACCGGCUCCUGCCCCCCCGAAGCCUGCUGGAUCAGCAUGGUCCAAGGGCGCGGGCGCUGCUGCAGAAGCUGCUCCAUCGGCUGCUGGUGCAGCACCGGCUAGAGGUGCAGGCACGGCUACAGCCUCAGCUCCAUCCCGUGCUCCGCCAGCUGGGUCAGCUACCGGAGCAUGGGCGAAAGGUGGACCGUUGGGGUUAGCAGCCACAGCCACAUCAUUACAGGCAGCGGCUAAGCCUAAAUUCGCGCCUGCUUCAAGAGCACCAGCUGGCUACGCAGCACCCCAAAGGCCUGCAUUGGGCCAGAAGCGUGAUGCCAAGGCUUCUCCAGUCUUUAACGCAGCGGAUUUCCCAGAUGUAGAGAAGCCAAAAACUGCCGCAGAUUUGGCAGAAGAGGCCGCAAGCAGAAAGGCUGCCAAAGCCUUCCCAGAGGUGUCGAGUUGUGCCGAAGCAUUGGUGGCCUUGUGCAGUAGAGCGGGUGUCACGGAGUCCUCUGAUAUCGGUCGGGCUACUUCCGGGCUAUCUUGGCUGCUGAACACUUUGACAUGUGCAUCAGAUAUGUCAGAUGAUGAUAGAGACAAGCUCCUGAAGGCAGGAGCUUUGGCAAUUGAGGGAGUGGCCACAGAUGCGAAGGGUGCAUCUGCUGUUGAUGAGAUCUUGAAGGGGUAUUUCCAAGAGCAGCAGCACAAAGGCAAGAACACACCACAGGUCCUUGAGGCCAACGGCCUAGUCGACGCGUUGCUUUUCGGAAAAUUGGCGCUGCAGCUGGAAGCUGGAAGCCAGAGGCAAGGUGCGAUUAGGCUGAGAAUUGUAAGGCGACUGCAAAAGCCAACGACUUCCUCUGUCGUUCAGCAUGCUUUGGCAGAUGCACUCGCACCAUUAGUAGCAGCAGACCCAGAUGCAGCCGAAGAGAUAUGCCAGAAGGAUUUCAUCCCAGACUUGUCUUCUGCACAAGAAGGUGCCCGACGUGGCGCAGCCUUAGGGAUUUCUGCCGUUGUAAAGGGAUGUGGAGGUGUGCCGGCAAUGAAGAAGUUGGGCACGAUGGAGAUUGUGAAGGAGUAUGCGGCCACUUCGGGGAAGACAUCGGCAGGCAAGCGUCAGGCAGCAUUAUUGCUGCUCCAAGCCCUUGCGCAGGCCUUGGGUCGAAUGUUUGAGCCCUUUGCAAUGGUCUCAAUGCCUUUGCUGUUGGAGAGCUGUUCAGACUCCUCCAAGGAUGUUCAAGUCGCUGGGCGCGCUGCGGCAAAGACGGUUGUAAGCCAGGUGAGCAGUGCCGGUGUACGGCUCAUGAUCAAUCCCGUUCUGGAGGGGCUCAAGGACAAGCGGUGGCGAACCCAACUAUCGGCAGCGGAGCUGUUGAAGCCAAUCGUUUCAGAACUAGUUGCAAGCGCACCCAAGCGACUGCUGGCCGUAGUCCCAAAGGCUGUGCCUCUCCUUUGUGAAGCCGGAGCCGGCACUCGCUCAGAGCUCCGCAAUGCUGCACGUGAGGUCCUGGAGCAAAUCGGUGCUGCCAUCGAUCACUCCGCUGUUGCUGCACUAUCAUCCGAUCUCAUCGCUGCACUCCUUGAGCCAGGCGAUGUGGCACUAGCUAGGGCGCUAGAUGGGCUCCUCGGAACUGUUUACACCACCUCAGUGAGUGGGGCAUCUUGUGCUCUUAUUUGCCCUGUGGUGGAGCGAGCCAUCUCCAAGGGGGACGCUGAAGUUCGGCGGAAGGGAGCCAGCUUUGUCAGAACCUUGAGCCAGUGGGCGGUGGAUGCGGAGGAGCUAGGGCCAUACUUGGCUACACUGCGGCCACAACUUGAGGCCCUCCUUGCUGAUCCUACCCCAGCCGUCCGAGACGCGGCUGCGCAGGCUAUUGGAGCCUUGGCUGCUGCAACCUCGGCAGCACCAGGUGGUGAUGAAGGUGCUGGUAACGUGGCCUCAACUUUGGUGCAAAAGCUCCAGAGCACAAGUGAGGAAGCAGAAAUGGAAGGCGCUGCGCAGGGGUUGGCAGCUGCGCUGGCAGCUUCUGAGGAUCGUGCUGAGCUUCUUGAGCAGAUCCUCAAGGGUGCAAGAGGUGGCCAUGGCCGCGUUGGAUUUCUCACCGUGAUGGUGCACCUGCCAAGAGCACUGAGAGACACAGAGGGUGGUGAAGAUGACAUUGCUUCCACCCUUGCCGCGUUGAGCGAAGCCCUGUCUGACAAAGAUGAGGGCAUCAGGAAAGCUGCUCGCCGUGGCUUGACUGCUGUAGCAGAAGGGUCUAGGAGCCCUGAGGCAGCAGCGGCCGUGGCUGCAGCUCUGGAAUCAGCGCUACGUGCAGAUGAGCCACUAGCACGAACCGCAGCAGCUGAAUUAGCGCUCGUCCUGCUGGCGCAAAAGACAUUCACACCAAGUGCAGCCCCAGCCGCAUGGGCAGGUCUCGUGGCAGCUGGCGUGGUGGCGCAGUCUGACGCCAAUGCCGUUGUGCGUCGGGCUGCAGACCGAGUUUGGCGUGCAGCAAAUGAGGCUGGUGGUGGUAAUGCUGGAAAGCAGCUCAAGGAUCUCAGGCCGCUUCUGCUCGAGCGCCUCGCCAGUGACCUUUCAGGGCGGGAAGCCGCUGUAGCUUCGGCAGCGGGCCGUGCGGCUCUAAAUUUGCAAGGGCGUUUUGAGGCUCAGAAGCUGGGGGUUCUUGAGGACUUGGUGCCAACACUCCGUAGCGCCUUGGAGGCUGAAGAACUCAGCAUCAGAAGAUCUGCAUGUGAAGGUCUUUCAGAGAUCUUGCGUGACGAGAGGGGGCAGAAAGUCAUGCUGAGGGACCCGUCGCUGGUAGUUGGGAUCAAGAGCGCCUUGCUCGAAGCAACAGCACGUGGCACAGAAGAUGACGGUGAAGAGCCACUCCGAAAGGCGGCCGCUGCCUGCUGUGUUGCGGUGCCCCCUACGAUGUUGGCAGAGCCUAUUGUGAAGGAGCUGUGUCAGAUUCAAGAUGGUCUGAAUGAUGAGCAGUGCAAAGGUCUGGAGCGUUUGGUUGCGGGCAUGUCCAGCAGUUCUGGCAGUGCUGCACAAUUUCUGCCAGCUUUGGUCACCAGGGCUGGUGCUCCGCCCCAUAACCUUGGGCAGAUCUCUUGCCUGACUGCGGCAGCUGCUGCAGCUUUGGCUUCGCUGCGACAGGUGACGCCAGAAUUGGCAUCAGCAUGUGUUGAUGCGGCUGCAGUUCUGGAGAUCGACAAUUCCGAAAGUGGCUCCGAGAGUUCCAAGCCGGGUCCAGUAGGCAGUGCCGCGGCAGCAAUCCUGUCGCGGUUGGAUGAGGCUGGUGCUGACGAGUUCAUCGAUGCGGUGGUUUCGAGAGUUGAGCCCACUGGGCAAGGGCGCGUCAGCAACCACUCUGUGGCAGCUGCCCGUAUUCUUACAGCUUGCUUCGGAUCAAUGCAACGGCCUCCAUUACAAGGAGAGGCUUUGCUAGAUGCGCUAGUGCCAGGUGUGCUGCUCACUUCACCUGACAGAGCCUGUGCCAACGCCUAUUCGCUUGCGCUGCAGGGUCUGACCAGUUUGUCAGGGGCUGCGUCACUGUGUCAGGCACUUGCGCCCUGCCUUGCAGCAGCUUUGUCCAGCAACAUGGAAGGGCAGCUUGCCCCAAAGGCGCUAGAUGCUUUGGCUCCGCUUCUACAAACAGGUGCGACACAUGCUGGUCAGCAGCGGAGGUCUCUCGCAGAGUCGUCCGUGGCAAUCUUUAAGCGCACAGAGUCAGCCCAUUUGCAAGGCCACGCUGUGAAGCUCGCAGGCCCGCUUGUUCGGCUUCUCGGUGAAAAGCCCAUUGAUGCCGACCUUCAGAUCGCUGUGGUUUCAGCCAUGACCGAGUUGCUACAGCGCACAGGCACAACUUUGCGGCCGCUUGUUCCCGCGCUUCAGACUGCAUUGGUGCGAUUGCUGGAAGGUCCGGCUGAGGUUCACGGAGUGGCUGUGCAAGCCCUUGGUGCUCUGGCACCGCUCGUUCCUCGAGCAGACGCACUGGUGAAAUUACUCUGCAAGCCUCCCUUGAAGGCAUCAGCGCUUGCAGAGGUGGUGAAGGCUAUUGGGGGGCCAGCAUCGCUGUCUGAAGAGGUAUCUCGUGAGGUGAAAGCAAUCCUUGAUGCCUCUGCUAGCCAGCACUAG